UUAUAUAAGUAUAUUCUAGACAAGAUUCUACCCACUAUAAAUAUUUAACCCCGACUCUUUCCACAACACAGACUCAAUUCUCUCAACUUUACUCUCUCUUUCGCAAGAAACACCAAUGGCAAAACAAUUCCAAACUCUAUUUUUAAUCCUCUCAAUCUCCUACCUCUUCUCACCGGAGCUUACCGCCGCCACCGCAGCCUUGCCGGCCGGAGCAUCGAAAAAAGCCGUAAGCUUCAUCCAAGCCUCUUGCAAAACCACAGAAUAUCCAGCCGUGUGCUUCCAUUCCCUCUCUGCCUACGCAAACGCCAUCCAAACAAGCCCUAAACGCCUAGCCGAGACCGCUCUAGCCGUUACCCUGAGCCGAGCCCAAAACUUAAAGCUCUUCCUCUCUCGUCUGACCCGUUUCAAGGGCCUUAAGAAGCGUAAAGUCGAAGCCAUCCAUGAUUGCGUCGAGGAGAUCAACGAUACCAUCGACCGUUUGACCAAGUCUGUCCAAGAGAUGAAACUGUGUGGGAGUGCCAAGAAUCAGGAACAGUUUUCGUUCCACAUGAGUAAUGCUCAGACUUGGACUAGUGCGGCUUUGACCGACGAAACCACUUGCUCCGAUGGAUUCUCGGGUUCGGUCAUGGAUGGACGGAUCAAGAACUCGGUUCGGGCUAGAAUCGUACACGUGGGUCAAGAAACCAGCAACGCCUUGUCCUUGAUUAAUGCCUAUUCUAAAACGUACUAGUUUAAAACCUAGAUAUUAAGGAAUAUAUUUUCGUAUUAUGCAACAUAUAUAAAUACAUAUAUUAGUAAUGUAUCGCUAAGAGUUUGAUGUGAUAUAUUUGUCGAUUUUGUUAGAUUUUUUUUUCUUAUGUGGUUUAUACUAGUGUUCAUGUCUAUUUUGAGCUAUAAAAUUGUAAGAAGAUCUCUUUUGGAUGA